AUGUUUAUGUCUUCCUUGUCUCCGAGACUCCACAAAGCAUACAAAGCUAGAUGUGUUAGCUUACCGGUUCGGUCACACCCGAGUAUUAGGAGGAUUCAAGAAGUGGUCUCCAAGGUUAGAGCUUUCGGGUCCUCUAUGUUAGAGUCGAGGAUGAUGGUCCGUGACGGUCUCUCUGGUCUCACCGAGCUUUAUAGAUGUUUAAGUGAAGAUCUCUUCAAGACUUCUUCUGGAACUCAACAAGCUCUUCUUAAUGGAGUCGGCUUGAUGGAUGAGCUUCUUGAAGUGUCGCUAAAGUACUUAGAGGUUUGUGGAGGAGCUAAGGACACGGCUUCGAGGAUCAAGAAGAGUGUUGUCGAGGUUGAGUCUGCUUUGAGACGGAGCAAGAAGGGAGGUGAGUUUAGCCUCGAGAGUGACGUGGAUGCUUACAUGGCGUCGAGGAAAGAGAUCAAGAAGGAGAUCAAGAAGAAUAUGGUAAUGUCGAGAGAGGCAGAUGCGUGUUUGGAGAGUAGUGUUUGGUGUGAUGAUGAUCAAGAGUUGAGUGCUUUGGUUAGAGUGAUGCAAGAGACGAGUGUGAUGACUUGUUUCGUGUUACGAUCGGUCUUGUCGUUCUUGUCGUCGCCUAAAGGGUUAAAGACAAAGAAUCAUCACCAUCACAAAGGUUGGGGGAUUGUAAUGAAGCUUGUGAAAAAAGGAAUAGAUCAUCAUAAUCAGGAGAAGAGAGAUCAUGAGAAGGGUUUUUCUUGUCUCGAGCUUGAAGCUAUGGAAGCUGAACUUGGGAAGCUUGUUGUGAUGACGACAAGGGAAGAUCAAGAAGAGGUGAAAGAGAUUAGUGAAGAAAUAAGUGAGAGAAUUCAAUGUGCAUUGGUUAGAUCAGAAGGUGUAGAGACAGCCAUGGAAGAGCUUGAAGAGGGACUUGAAGGACUUUUCAAGGUAAUGAUACAAGCUAGAGUCUCUCUUCUUAACAUCCUUUCCACUUAA